ACACGUGCCCUUCGAUCAGUACUAUAAAACCUCUCUCUCUUGCGGGGCUUGAGAUCGCUGGACUCUCCCAUUCACCCUCGUGCGUCAACUACUUUGGGCGCUCUCGCUCGCUCUCUCUCUAGCUCGCCGCUCUCUCGCCCGGAGAGAUGACGGCACAGACCAAUGGCAGCCCACCUGACCCCAAAUCUGUGGGCAACGCCUUCAUUGAGCAAUACUAUAGUAUUCUUCACGACAGCCCACAAGUGGCUCACAGAUUCUAUCACGACGUAAGUGAGCUAAGUCGGCCUGGACCAGAUGGUCAGAUGAUCUCUGUGACGACCUUGCAGGGAAUUAAUGAAAAAAUCCUCUCAUUGGAUUAUGAGAAGUACAAGAUUGAGAUUUUGACUGCUGAUGCUCAGGCUUCUUACAAGGGUGGAGUUCAGGUUUUAGUUACAGGCUGUUUAAUGGGAGAGGAUAACAUCAAGAGGAUAUUCUCACAGUCCUUUUUCUUAGCUCCGCAAGACAGUGGUGGCUACUUUGUCUUGAAUGAUAUUUUUAGGUACGUGGAAGGUGAAUCUCCCUUGCCCGUCUCUCCAGCAGAAAAACAUGAAGAGCUAAAGGGCGUUGAAGCUCCUCCCGUGCCAGAUCCUGAGCUGGCUCAAAUUGUUGAUCCACCUGCGGAGGUUGAGACUCUUCAGGUCGAAGAAAUUGCUGAUGCUGUGGAUAACGGGGUGGAGUCUGCUGAUGGAAAAGAAAUUGUUGUUGAUCCCAUAGCUGAUGCAAGUCAAAAGGAUGUUAGCACGGUCGCUAUAACUUCUGAUGUUCAAGUUGAUCCUCCUAAGAAGUCUUUUGCAUCAAUUGUAAGUGCUCUGAAUGAUAGUGCUGCGCCAUUUCAAAUGAGGGCUUCAGCUGCAAAGCCUCUUGCACGACCGCGGGCGCCUACAGCUGCCAAAGCUCCUGUACCUAAUGAAAGCAUUCCUUUUGAAAAGAAUGAAAGUCAAGCAGUAAAGCGCCAUUCUAUAUUUGUGGGCAACUUGCCUUUAGAUGCAACGCCAGAUCAACUUGAGGCUGCCUUUAAGAGAUUCGGGUCUAUCAAACCCAACGGCAUUCAAGUUAGAAGUAGUAAGGGCUCGUGUUAUGGCUUUGUAGAAUUUGAAGCUGAGACUUCUAUGCUAAGUGCUCUUGAGGAAAACUCCAUCAUGAUUGGUACCCGGAAGGCUCACAUUGAGGAGCAGAAAAAAGAUGGUGGUGACAGAAAGGCGUCGCAAGGAAGGGGCGGGUUCCGGAAUGAUCAUUUCAGAAGCCACAGUAGCUUCUCCGACAGGAAGCCCGACUUCUCGGGACGGAUUGGCGGCACGGGGCGCAACGGCGGGACCUUCCAAAGGGAGUAUCAGAACGGAGGAGGAAGAGGUCCCCGCCCAACACCCAAGCCGCGAUAGUAGUACUGUCUUUCUGCCGCCCAAUGAUGCUUUGCAUUUGAGAAGUAAAAAUGAGAUCCUUGCAAUUUUUAGGUCAUCUUAUCAGGUGAUUCUCCGGGUUUAGAUUGCGGCUUUUCAGAUUUUGAUCGGGUAGAGUAUUCCAGAGAGUUUGCCUUUGAAUUUCUACUAUGACGAUUUUCUCUGGGCUUCUUUUAGACUUUCUGCUCCCCCUUUUAGUUAGUUGGGGAAUAAUUUUUCCCCUUGUAACAGAAUAAUUAUCUACCUUUUUUUUCUUUUUUUAGGAAAAAUUUCCAUCUUUAUAAUUAUCCGCCAUGUCCUAUGUUUCA